AUGAAGAAGCAGAGAACGACCGCUGCGGAGGUAGGCGGCACCUCGGCUUCGUUCCCAGACAUCGUGACGCUCGUGCACACGCACCUGGCGCCGAUGCUGAAACCCCAGGACACCUACAACUUUUUGGUCAGCUGCACUGGCUCCUUGAACCAAGGCGUCCGCGAUGGCAUCGCCACCAAGGCGUUGCUGUACUACUACAAGUACGACAGCGCGCACUUUGGUCUCAAGUGCGGAGGUGACUGGCACCAGUUGAUUCCCGUUUGCAUCCAGGGAGCUCGUGGGCGCUGUGCGUGCAAUUGGGAUGACAAAAACAGAGAGGACAGCAUACCAGAGGACCUACCGCUCCCCAAGGUGCUGGAUGCUCGAACACAACUGCUGGGAGCCAUGUGCCUCCUGUACGAAGGAAUUCGGCCCUUCAGAGUGGUGCAGAUGUAUCGUGGAAGUACCUGCGUGCCUGCUACCAUGCAGCCAGUUGUGUUUUCGCUGGCCGAAGCUUACAGAAAAGAAGAGGAGACGCCCACACUAAUCGACACGGACGACGUCGAGGAGCUAGCACGCCUGAUGAAUGCUGUCGAACCGGGGUUUGGCACGCACUUCUUCUUCGCCUCCGACGAAGAACCUGCCAACGUGUUGGAGGCGCACUGGAAAGGGAUCCAGUUUGACGAAGGCAGCGGUACGACGACGUGUGAGUUCUGCGAGAACUACGAGCAGACAAGACGUUCGCGACGCUAUUGCCACCGAGGCGCUGCUGUACUAUUACAAAUGAUGCGUCUCCACUGCGCGGCAGUGUACCAGCCCAUGAAGCGCUUCAUGCUGCAGCACCUCAAGCACGUGCGCUACGUGCGUCCGCCUCGUGGCUGGGACACCAGGACCGCCAACGGCAUGAGACUCAUGGGGCUCAUCGCCGGAAUCACCUCGGGCGGCGUGCUCUGCGGCGUGUACGUGACGAGCGUGGGCAUUCCGCGCCAAUGGAUCAAGAACCACCUGGCACCCGGACACUUUACGACAGGUACGAAGGUGGCGGCGUGA